AUCUGGACUUCCCGCGUAUAAAAGUCUUCCGCUUUAAAGCCCGCGAACAUUUUCCUCGUAAAAUCAAUUCCGACGAAAUGAAUCCGCGUUACGUUCUCGUGCUGGUGGUGCUGUUGCUGAUCGAGUGUUUGCAUGCUCGAUCCUUGAUCGCGCCGGAAGAGGAUCAGUCGAUCACGCGAGAGGAUCGAGCAGAGGAGACGGCGGUUUAUCGAGUGAAAAGAGCUCCAAUCGGUAAACUUGCUUUGCUCGGAGGAGCAGCACUCCUUGGAAAGAAGGCUCUUUUACUCGGGGGUGCUGCGGUAGGUGCUAAAGCCGUGGUUGGCGCAGGACUUCUCGGAGCAGGCUUGUACAAAGCUAAACAAUUCGGGGGUGGUUACUCUGGCGGGUACAGCGGUGGUUAUUCUGGCGGCUACGGCGGUGGUUAUGAAAGCGUCUAUACCAGCGGAUACGGGCAUUACAACCACGCGCCUUCUGUUUACGUAGAAGAAUCAGCUUGGUAUUAAUAAUGACCGAUAGUGUUCAUGGAUAUUUGGGUUUAUACAGAGAAGAAAUUCUAUGCAAUAGUCAGACGCAACCACCUGAAAAGGAAAACGCAAAGUUAGAGCUCAAGUUUCUUUUUGCAAUCUGAAAUAGAAUUGAACAUUAACAUUCAACUUUUGCUAUUAUUAUCAUUUUCGAGUUUGUCUAAAUAAAAUGAACAGUCUACGAAUAUA